AGGGUUUUGUGUCUUCGUUUUCUUUCACGUUUUCUCAUUUUCUCUUUAGUCUUGACUUGACUUAAAAAACAGAUAACAAAAUCUAUUUUAUUGUUUGUGUUUUCUUUUCUGUUUUGUGUGGCAAGGCAAGAUCUGUCUAUCAAUAUAAUGGUUCGGGUUUGUAAUCGUGCUUGGAUAAUACAUAUUCCAGAACCUUGAAAAGAUAUACAGUAUAAGAGAAUUAACUUAGCCUAUUGUGAACUUAAGUUUGGAGAAAGGUCAGGGCGCAAUGCAAGACAGUAGGCUGAGGUUUCAUACAUUUAAGCUUUGUACAUUAAGUGUAUUUACAAGUUUAUAAAAGCAUUCCAUUCUGUGGAAUUUUUUAAAAUUAGGCAGCCACGAUGGAUUUUGAUCCGUCUGCAUUCUUGUCUGUAGCAAUGACCGAAGAACAUGAAUCUGUGUAUACAGGCGCAACCGGUCUACCCUGGAACUCUGCUCCGGUAUUGCCACGAAUCGAUCUAACCAAUCAUCACAUGAUGUUCUCAAAUUAUUACGUACAACCACCAGACGUCCCUCAAGGCACAUCUCCUCUCAAGCUUCCGCCAUUGCCAGACAAGAUAGUCGUGGAGGGAGGGCUUCAGUUGGAACAGAACAUGCAAAUCCCCGUCCCGUUGUUCGGACUGUUGCAUGGCAGAGAAACUGAGGAAGCUGUGAACCCAGUUGAAGAAAUGUUACACGUCGAUGUAACAGAAAGUCCAGAGAACAGUUCUACACCUCAACCUUCUCCUGGAGAAAGGAUCUCCAGCCCUUGGAACCGGAAAAUAAUCCAUGCAACAGCUGAAGAAACACGCUUUCGGAAGGAUCUGUUCGCUGGACAUUUUGAAAAGGUGAAGAUAUUCCGGUUGCACUGUACCAUUUGUGACAAACAUCUCGGUUGUGCACCAUGGUUCACCGAGCGUUACAUGAGGAUGCACAAAUUGCUCAACGUUAUGGUCUGCCGCAAAUGCUUUGAGUUCUACGGAGACAUUAACUUCCCCACUGAGGACGGCUCGGAGAUUUACUGUAGCUGGUGUGGUGAAGGUGGAGACUGCUACUGCUGUAGCUCGUGUCCCAAGAUUGUUUGUAAAAAAUGUAUCAGACGGAAUUUCGGCCCUGAAAAACUUGUAGAAAUAGACAACAAUGACGAUUGGUCCUGUUUUGUUUGCAAGCCCCAAGAUAUCUGGCCGCAUCGAGCACUGAUGUGGGGAAUGCAGCGGUGGGGUAAAGGGAUGCGCCAACUUGUUGCAAUGUUGACAAAAGAAGAGAAACAGGUAAAACUGUCAUUAGACACUUCCCAUUGCUGUGUGGAUCAUAAUACAAAUCCUAGGCCUAUACUUGUCGGCUUACCUCCUAAGUCAAUACUAUCUAAAAUACCCUCAGUGAUGAUCGCUAUGAGAUACCAGGCGGCUGUAAGAGAACACCUGGAUCAGCCUGAAACCAACCAUCAUCAUAGCAAUGGUUCUUUCCACUCCACUGUUCACCCGGCUCUUGCGUCUGCACUCACUGAUCCUCUGGCAACCAAAGUUAAAGGGAAUUAUCAACAAUUAGUUCAAGAAAAUCGACAAGUCCAACCACAACUAGUUCAUCAACAUCAUAGAGUUCAACAACAGACUCCACCCGGAUUUCACCUAAGACAGCAAUUGAUUCAAAGAAACUUUAUAACACAAAAUAAUAGACUUACUCCUUACCCCAUGAAUAGAGUAGCAGCUCAAACUGUGAAUCCACCGAGACAGACGGCUUAUCAUCCUAUAGUACCUUACAGAGCUCCUUACAGAACUCCCUCUCCUCACUAUCCUCCACCACCUCAACAUUCGCACACAAAAAACCAACAUCUUAUUGAUAUGUCUUCUCUGGAAAACAGUAUCAAAGAUAUGAAAGACAUUUUACGUCCAACUUUGCUCAUGAUGAGAGAGUACGAAGAUUUAAAACACGAGCUUGGCACCGAUUUGUCAAAAUUUUCCGCUUUUUCAGAAAAACUCUCUCUCAACGUAAAACUUGCGAUCUGUAAUUUGGCCAAAGCCAACACCGAUCUGGUUGAAUCUCAACGGAAACUUCUGGACAAUCAAGUGACUAGUGUGGUUAGUAAAAUCCAGUCUGGGGUGUUCAAAAGCUGGGGUACUUGUUCAAUUGUAAAUGGAAGAUCUACUACGAUAAAUCAGAAUUCAGAUGAAUCGAAUCCCACCGGAUCUGAUCCUUUGAAAAAUGAUUCUUCUCCUGAAAUUGUCGAGGUCUCUCCGAGUAGUCCUCCAAGGACGCCAGAGCCGAGCACUUCUAAAGUUGAGAAAAGAAUUCCAGCGACUCCUUCUUCUACUGGAGAUGACGUAGAGGACGCAACCGUCGCUUUGUUUUGUGAAACAGUCCUGGAGGUAAGUGAUAACAAAGAAAAUAAGGACAACGCCAACAAAGAAAGCCAGGACAAAGCCAACAAAGAAAGCAAGGACAAAGCCAACAAAGAACAGGUGACACCUGGGAAACCUAAACUAAUGAAACCUCCAGUCAAAGGUAAAUUCAACAUCACUGGAAAAAGAAAACUCAAUCUCACUGAUUCACCCAAAGUAUUGCUUAUUGACUUAACCGAAAUAAAAGAGACUUUCGACGCCUCCUAUUGGUGUAGAAAAUUUAAAAUCAAACCUUGUUGUGUAUUACUACACCGUAUCAAUCAUAAAGUAAAAAAGUAAUUUGCUGUCCUAUUGACUAUAGCCAAUGUACUUGAAACCUUAUCUUACAAUCUUUAACCUUGCACCUUAUAUUCAAAGGGAGGUCACUUUCCUAAGCCUGAUGGGAAAAAUUAAUUAACCUCAGAAAUCAGAAAGUUACAUAUUAAAUUCCAGCUGACCACAAAUGGUUGGCAACUUCAGUCUGCUCUAAGGCUAAACCAAAAAUGUUCUUGCUUUUCCUACUUUCUAAAUCAAUACUGCAGAAUCAACAUUAAGAAAGAUGUUUAAAAAAUCUGUACAGGAGUAUCCAUGGUCAACGGAUGUACUUAUUACAUUCAUAUUGGGAAUACAUUGUAAAUAUUGUAUUUUAAUUCAAGUAGUUUUGUACGAAAACAACUUCAUCAUUGUUUUUCUUAUAAAAUCAUUGUUACAAUAACAUACCAAGACAAUUAAUUGGGAGUUAAUUUAUAAAGGUAAAGGUAUACAA